UUCACAGGGAUGGGCGGGAGAGGGGAGACAGAGCAAUUCCAGCUCAGUAUCCUUCCUCAUGAGGCAGGCAGUGCUUGACUAGCAGCAGCCCCAAUGCCUUUUUUUUUCUUCCUCCCACUGAGCAAUAUUGAUGAUACUGUGGGUUGCUGCUGCAACAAUGUCUAACCUGUGUGAGUGGUACGUAGUACCAGUCCAGAGUUGAGACAGAGAGAGAAAAGGACAUCUGUGGCUUUUGUCAUCUGGAUGGGAAGUCUUUUUUGGGAGGAGAGACAGAAGAAAGCAGAAGGCAGCCGGGGAAGGGGAACAACUGGCAAUAGCCAAUCCCCCCUUCCACAUAUAGACUGGAGACCACGGAGGCCACUGGAGUAUUUGCUUUUAUCUUUCGUUUUUUGUUCUUUUUUUUCCUCAUCGCGCUGCUGGGAGGUGCUUUACCUUUUCAUUUGCUUGCUCUCUCGGUCCUCUGUCUUCUCAUCUAUUUCGCCAUUUACCUGGUCAACAAUUUUUUCUAUUUAUGAGCCAGACAAGGAGGGAGAGAGAGGCAGAGAGACAGAGAAAAAGAGAAAGAGAAAGAGGAGGGGGAUUUUUUUUGCCCCCUUUAUCCUCUUUCCCCCCCUUCAUUCAUUCUGCCUUCCCUCUCCAGUGCUAUCACUCCCAGCCCUUUCUAUCCCUGUGCAGCCCACGCUCCCUCCUCCCUUCACCGCCUCCCUCCUCCUCCUCCUCCUCCUCCCCCCCACCACUCGACUUACUGUCCACCCAUAACUUUGGUUACUUCUUGACUCCACCAGUGUUUUAAUUUCCUUGCUUUAAAAAGAGCUUUAAUCGAGACAUUUAAUUGGCUUGCUUGUGUUUUCUAUUUAUGCCUUUUUCACUUUUGUACCUUUUCCUAUUUUCCCCCUUCUCUUUUUUCCUCCUACCAUCCUAUGCAUCUUUUUUGGGCGAAUCUUAAAUCUAACCAUAGACUGGCAGACGUCAGAAAAACAAGCGACGCCAAACGUCUCUUCGGAGGAACAGAAGUGAAGCUGCUCUUGUGGAGCACAAUUACCUCGAAAUUGCUGCUUUACCCUCCUGACCCUUCAAGGAUUUUACCUAAAACUGCUUUCAGCCUCCCUCAGUCUGAGGCUAUGAGAGGGAGAGAGGAGUCCCAGGCCGCAACACCAUGCUACUUCUGAGACGCUGGGAUGAGUCUUUGGCUGGCAAAACACAAGGUAUUACUCUCCGAGUUCUCCACCAUGCCUGUCUGCGACUGCCGCUGCUCCUCCCCACCUCAUGGCCAUGCCGGGGCCUCCGCCCCCUCGGUCGCCCAGGAGCAAGAGAUGCCAUCGCGGCCCCUAGAUCCUCCCCUACCUUCGCUUCACCGUCGCACCAGCGCUUCUCUCUGCCUCUCCCUCCUUCUCCUGCUGCUCUGCCUUCUUCACCUUCCCCCGGCCUGCCACUCACGGAGAGAGAAAGGUGGAGGAGCCGGUGGUGGCCACUACAUACCCAUUCCCCAGCCCCCGCCGCACCACAUGGCACUACCCAACAUCCUGCGAGGCCUCAGCAUCGCCGUUGUCCUGGUGGGCAACUCCAGUGAGAUGGUGCUGGCCGGGGCCCGGGAGAAGGAGGACUUUCUCCACAUGGCUCCCAACGUGGAGGUGCUGACCAUGAACGAGACGGACCCUAAAAGCAUCAUCAAGAGCAUCUGUGACCUAAUGACUGAGCACUGGCUGCAGGGUGUGGUGUUUGGGGAUGACACGGACCAGGAGGCCAUCGCCCAGAUCCUGGACUUCAUUUCGGCCCAGACCCAUAUCCCCAUCCUCGGAGUCCGUGGGGGCUCUUCCAUGAUCAUGGCUGCCAAGGACGACAACUCCAUGUUCUUUCAGUUUGGCCCCUCCAUCGAGCAGCAGGCUUCGGUCAUGCUGAACAUCAUGGAGGAAUAUGACUGGUACAUCUUCUCCAUCGUCACCACGUACUACCCGGGUUACCAGGACUUUGUCACCAAGAUCCGUGGCACCAUCGAGAACAGCUUUGUGGGCUGGGAAAUGGAAGAGGUUUUAUUACUCGACAUGUCCGUAGACGACGGAGAUUCAAAGAUCCAGAACCAGAUGAAGAAGCUCCAGAGCCCCGUCAUUCUUCUCUACUGCACAAAAGAAGAGGCCAACACCAUCUUCGAGGUGGCCCACUCUGUCGGGAUCACCGGCUACGGCUACACAUGGAUAGUCCCCUCGCUGAUCGCGGGAGACACUGACGUCGUGCCUGCAGAGUUCCCCACAGGUCUGCUCUCCGUGUCUUACGACGAGUGGGACUAUGGCCUAGAUGCCCGUGUUCGCGACGGCGUGGCGAUCAUCACCAUGGCGACUUCCACCAUGAUGAUGGACCGCGGACCACACACCCUACUGAAGUCCGAGUGCCACGGAGCUCCUGAAAAGAAGACCCCCAUCUCAGGCAACCCCAACGAAGUGCUCAGGUACCUGAUGAAUGUGACGUUCGAGGGACGUAAUCUGUCGUUCAGUGAGGACGGAUACCAGAUGCACCCCAAGCUGGUCAUCAUUCUGCUCAACAAGGAGAGGCAGUGGGACAGGGUGGGCAAAUGGGAGAAUGGUUCCCUGUCCAUGAAGUACCAUGUGUGGCCGCGCUUUGAACUGUAUGGGGCAGCAACCAGGGAGGAUGACCACCUGUCCAUCGUGACAUUGGAGGAGGCUCCGUUUGUCAUUGUGGAAGACGUGGAUCCGCUUAGCGGGACCUGCAUGAGGAACACUGUGCCCUGCCGGAAACAGAUCAAGACACUGAAUCAGACGAAGGAUUCUGGGAUCUACAUCAAGCGUUGCUGUAAGGGUUUCUGCAUUGACAUCUUGAAGAAGAUUGCAAAGACUGUCAAGUUCACCUACGACCUUUACCUGGUCACCAAUGGCAAACAUGGCAAGAAAAUCAACGGGACCUGGAAUGGCAUGGUGGGGGAGGUGGUGUUGAAAAACGCCCACAUGGCCGUCGGCUCCUUGACCAUCAACGAGGAGAGGUCGGAGGUCAUCGACUUCUCCGUCCCCUUCAUCGAGACGGGCAUCAGCGUCAUGGUCUCCCGUAGCAACGGCACUGUUUCACCCUCGGCCUUCUUAGAGCCCUUCAGUGCGGAUGUGUGGGUGAUGAUGUUUGUGAUGCUGUUGCUGGUGUCAGCAAUGGCUGUGUUUAUAUUCGAGUACCUCAGCCCUGUGGGCUACAACCGGUGUCUGGCUGACGGCAGAGAGCCUCACGGUCCAUCCUUCACCAUCGGUAAGGCCAUCUGGCUGCUGUGGGGUCUGGUCUUCAACAACUCCGUGCCGGUGCAGAACCCCAAAGGCACCACGAGUAAGAUCAUGGUGUCAGUGUGGGCCUUCUUCGCUGUCAUCUUCCUGGCCUCUUACACUGCCAACCUGGCUGCCUUCAUGAUCCAGGAGGAAUACGUGGACCAAGUAACUGGUCUCUCAGACAAAAAGUUCCAGAGUCCCAAUGACUUCUCGCCUCCGUUCCGGUUUGGCACUGUCCCGAACGGGAGCACGGAGAGGAACAUCAGGAACAACUAUCCAGAGAUGCACGGCUACAUGACAAAGUUCCAUCAGAGAAACGUCAACGAGGCAUUGCAGAGUCUCAAGGCUGGCAAACUAGACGCUUUCAUUUAUGACGCAGCCGUACUGAACUACAUGGCCGGCAGGGAUGAGGGCUGCAAGCUGGUGACCAUUGGUAGCGGCUACAUCUUUGCCACCACGGGAUACGGCAUCGCCAUCCAGAAGGAGUCGCUCUGGAAGAGACACGUGGACCUGGCCAUCCUGCAGCUCUUCGGAGACGGUGAGAUGGAGGAGCUGGAGUCCCUGUGGCUUACCGGGAUCUGCCACCACGAGAAGAACGAGGUGAUGUCCAGCCAGCUGGACAUUGACAACAUGGCCGGCGUCUUCUACAUGCUCGGUGCCGCCAUGGCUCUGUCGCUCAUCACCUUCAUCUGUGAGCACUGGUUCUACUGGCAGCUUCGCUUCUGCUUCAUGGGUGUCUGCUCCGGCCAGCCCGGCUUCGUCUUCUCCAUUAGCAGGGGCAUAUACAGCUGUAUCCACGGGGUGCAGAUCGAGGAGAAAAGCAGCUCGGCGCUGGACUCCCCAUCAGGCACCAUGAACAACACCCAUUCCAACAUUAUGCGCCUCUUACGCACCGCCAAGAACAUGGCCUCCCUGUCGGGGGUGAACGGCUCGCCACACAGCGCUCUGGACUUCAUCCGCCGUGAAUCCUCUGUGUAUGACAUCUCUGAGCACCGCCGCAGCUUGGCCGGCCACUCCGACUGCAAGCCCCCUUACAUACCAGAGGACAACAUGUUCAGCGACUACAUCAGUGAAGUGGAGAGGACGUUUGGCAACCUCCACCUGAAGGACAGCAAUCUGUACCAGGACCACUACCUGCAUCACCAUGGCUCAACGCUAGGGCUCAAUGGACCUCCUCCCAACAGACCCGGGAGCUUGGGAAGUGCUAGUUCACUGGAGGGUGGCAUGUUUGACUGUGACAGCCUGGGUGGUGGCGUGGCUCCUAUUUUCACCACCCAGCCCUGUUCUGCACUGACCCACAGGAACAUGAGCAAGUUUGACCUGCUGGCUGGACAGACUCCCCCCUCAGGCCAGGGAUUUAAGGGAGGCCUGCCAGACCUGUACGGGAAGUUCUCCUUUAAAGGAGGUGCCUCAAGCUCCACGUACAUCCCUGGGCACAGCUAUUGUCCAGGGAGGGGAGAGGAGGAUGGGAAUAUACGCUCAGAUGUCUCAGAUAUUUCCACGCACACUGUAACCUACGGGAACCUGGAGGGCAAUGCCAAGAAGCGCAAAAAGUACCGUGAUAGCCUGAAAAAGAGGCCGGCCUCUGCCAAGUCCAGACGGGAGCUGGACGAGAUUGAGCUGGGCUACAGGAGGAAACCUUACCACAUCAGCCACCACCACUACCACGGCCACCGCUCUUCCCCGCCACUUUUGCCCACUGAACGCAAGAGAGGAGGAAGUGGAAACAAUGAUGGGAACUCCUAUCUCUUCAGAGAAAAGGAGAGCGUUAGGGAUUUUUAUUUGGACCAGUUUCGGCCCAAGGAAGGCGUCCCACAGUGGGAGCAUGUGGACCUGACAGAGGGCCCUGGGAAUAGAGACGGGGUUGUGGGGGCCUGCACCUCUCUGGUUCCAGUAGAUGACUUUCUUAAGAGCAAACCCAAAAAGUCUGAUUCCAAGAGUGGGGGAGGAUCUGGGUUGGCAGGGGGAGAGUGGGAGUGCAGGAACUGUCGGGCUAGCGGGGGAGGAGGGGGCAAGCAGAUGUCCAUGCACGGAGGAGUGGGUGGUGGCGGGUAUGGUGGUGGUAUGAGCUGCGGGUCCUCGGGAGGAGGAGGAAACAGCCGCCCCAGCUCUGCAACCUGCAUGCGCUGCGAGGGCUGUAAAAAGACAGGAAAUCUCUACGAUAUCAGCGAGGACAACAACCACCUCUUGGAACAGAUGGGGGGAGGCAACGGUGGGGGAGGAGGUAUGGUUGCUGGUCCUCAGUCUCAACCUCAGGCCCAGCAGAGGAGGAAGAGUGGAGGAUUCGGCAAGCCACUGAGGCGGCAGCACUCGUACGACGCAUUUGUCGACCUUCAGAAGGAGGAGUCAGGUGGGAUGGGAAGUCAGAUGGGGGGUGUAGGAGGAGGUGGAGGGAUGAGUGGUGCGGGUAUGGGAGGCAUGUUGCCCCCACCCAGGAGUGUUAGCUUGAAGGAGAAAGAACGCUACAUGGAGGGCACCAGCCCCUUCGCACACAUAUUCGAGCGUCACGGAGGCUCGGAGAGAGAAAGGGAGAGAGACAGGGACCCGCUGUUUUAUGGCGGUGAGGGCCGGAAAGGACCCGGCUCACCGUUUGGCCUAUUUAGAGGCGGUGAUGGCCUCCACCGCCGCUCCGUUGGAGAGAGAGACAUGAGAGACAGGGAUAGGUCGUUGAUGGAAGGAGGAGGUGGGGCAGCGUUCUCUUUAUCCAAAUCGCUUUACCCUGACCGGGUGAACCAAAACCCCUUUAUACCCACCUUUGGGGAUGACCAGUGUCUGAUGCACGGAGCCAAACAAUAUUACAUAAAAAAGCAACAGCAGCAGCAACAAGUUGCCAAAAAUAGCAGAAGUGAAUUCAGGGCCCAGAUGAGCACGACGUCAUAUCUGCCAGCAUCUGCCACGGCCGGGGUGGUGUCCAAUGUAUCCCCCCGGUUCCCAAAAGAGCUCAGCCUCGGUGGGAUGAACCACCACGGGUCCAUGCUGGGGGUCGGCCCCCCACGUCCCUUCAAUGGAAGCAAUGGCCAUGUGUACGAGAAACUCUCCAGCAUUGAGUCUGAUGUGUGAGAGAACAAGGAGGGGGAGGGCAGACGAUGGCGAGGAAGAAGGAGGAGAGGGACUGAGGCAUCCAGCGUUAGGGGAUCAGGGAUGAUUUUAAAAGACGCUGUUCGCGCACUGCAAACUUGGCCCACACUGAGACGGCAAGAUGAGAGACUGUGGAGGAAAAAACUGAAAGGUAGAGACUAGACUAAAACAGUCUGGAUAGUAAAAUAAUCAGGACACCCUGAGGAGAUGUGGAAUGUUUACCCUCUCAGAAAUGGCCAACGCUGCUCUACUUUUAAGUGCAAACACAGUUAAUCAGCAUCCCCCUCGACUCACAAAACGCACCCAACUCGAGUCCGUCAUUUCCUCCACCGGUGGGGCAGGAGUCAAUGUACUCGGUUGUCAUCGCAAAGAGGCGACACCUCAUUGUAGAUUGAUAUUGGACGCGUGAGUCCGGUGCGAUUCCACGGGCUGUCUGAGCGUUCCCGCCGAGUGCUUAUGAGGAAAGACUGCGAGAGCAGAGAGAGAGAAGUGGACGGCCCAUCUGCCCCUGUGUCACCACAGAAAGGAGACACCGUCACGUUCGCCCGAGCUGCGACACGGGAGAUGACGGGUGCUUCUCUCUCUCGCUCCCUCGCUCCCUUUCUGGAAGGAGACAGCCUGGCCCCGUCCAUCCCUCUCUCCGUCCCGCACUCCUCCAUCCUCUCCUCUUUUCUCUCAGCUCCUCCUCCUCCUCCUCAUCCCUGACGCCAAAAGAGCCGAUCUUGUUUGCUAUGAGAAAUACAAUCAUGAAUGAUAAUAACAUAUUCUUAUAGAAAAAACAACAACAGGGUAUCAGAACAACAAUAAUGUUGAUGACAUUGUGAAUAACAAAGAUGUUAGUAUUGAUUACGACAACACAGCUUAUGAUAUCACUAAGCUUUUUCUUGUUUCAUGUUCUGUUGGAUGAAUAUUUCACUGCUGUUUUGGUAUCUAUAGUUGUGUUCUGUGACAGCAGGAAGGUUGCUCUUGUACAACCAACAAGCCAGAGUCCUUCACUCUUGUUCUUUUCUUUUUCUUCUUUUAAGAAUAUUUUACUUAAUGCUCAUUCAUUUAUUUGCUCCUUGUGGAAAAAAAUAACUGGAUCUUGAAGAGCUCGUUUAGAGCUGAUGGAUCCGUACUUGACAUUUCGAGACAUUACAAAAUAAGUACACACAAACUUAAACACACAGUUUUACGUCGGUCUGAACUUGUGUAACUGUGAGCAGCACAUUUCGUCACAAGCUGAAGACGCUGAGAGGAAGGACGUGCCUUAACGGUCUCCGAUGGAUGUGUCCUCCAGUUCACACGAGGCGAGGCGGCACCAGGACGGACCGGCGUGCUUUGAGGCUGCCGCGGACGUUCACUCCACAUUUAUGAGCCAGAACUGCAGUAAACAUUUACAGCACGCUUGAGACGUUGCCGCAGAGACGUUUUAUAACUUCGUAAAUUUAAUUUCAUAUGUCGAGUGUGGGCAGUGCUUUAUGAAGCGGUUGAAUUCAGGAUGUCCCACUGUCACGGAUAGACCGAUGGGUCUCACUUCACAACACGGCAGCCUUUAGACAACUUCUUUUAUUCAGGUUACAUACCAACAGUCACCGGGCACUUACUUUUUCUGGCCUCUCACUAGUAUCUCGCAGAAGGCAUUACUUUUCACUCACGUGAGCGGUCUGAGAGGCGCACACAGAAAGCUUUGUCCAGACAAUAUAUGCACUGUCCUUUAUGUCGAAAUGCAAAAUGCUACAAAAUGUGUUGGAGAAGUGUUGCUGCCCCUUGACAAUGAUGCUGAAGAAAGCUUGAGCUGAGGAGGAUGUCUACUUUGAGAGGGGGCCUCGUGAACACUGGCCGAGGCGUCCGGGAAGAGAGGCGGUCGUCUCGCGAAAGCUUUUUUCUGGCCUUUUACUUUGACUAAUGUACAUAGUCUUUUUAGCUGGAGAGGCCUCAUUUAUUGCACAGGACCUUUUACUCAGUGUAGGUUCAGGCACUCAGAAGACAUGCCUUAUCAUCCCAUCUCCCCCCCCCACACACACACACACACUCCCCAGCCCGAGCUGUCUGACGAUGACUCAUCAUAUUACUGUACAGAAUAAGGAAGCCUCUACUCGUUAUUUAAGGGUCUGAUCUUCGAUUAGCUGGUGGUGUCAGGAGUUCAAGGGCUGCGGGAGAUUGCGCUGGAGGGCUGGCCUGAGAUUAGAGCUGCUGGAGUGUGUAGAAUGGGAUCUUUGUCAGUGCGUACCUCUAUCUUAUACCCUGAUCUAAAUGCACCAGUGUGUGCGUGUGUGCGUGCGUGCGUGUGUGUGGAGGGAAGCAAGUCACGAUUGAAUGACAACAGCUUUUUGCUUUUUUUUCUACCACUGACCUGCUGAUGACUUCAUAAAUUCAGCAGCCUCUGUUAACAAUGUGAAAGUGAGACUGAUAAAGUUAGCCUUAAAUCAAAACAGAUUCAACCCCCCUCCCCCCAACCCAUUAAUGACUCUCCCAAUAAAAAUAAAUUGGGAUCUCUGGAAUUUUUAUACGCACAUAUUUCCGAGCGUUCAGGUCAACCAUUGUCAGCGAGAAGGUGUGAGCGAGGAAACGCAACGGGGAAAUAAGAUGGAGCCGAAGCGCGACUUGGGAGUGAGCAUCAAUCAGUGUCAGCAUUAGUAUGUCCGAUCUUUUCCUUGUACAUAAUAUAUUUAACAACUCUUUUCACUUUGUACAGUAAACAGACAGACAGGAUGUAACUUUAAAUAUGUUUUACAGCAAUUUAAGAAAUAAACAAAACUAAAAUAAAAAUCCACAAAAACAAAAAAAACACAAAGAAAAAUAUGCAAAAUAUAGUUAACACAAAUAUUACUAAUCAUAAGUGAUAUAAUUAAACCUCAUUUUCUUUCAAUCUCAUGUUUACUUGAUUAUGAUAGUUCACCAAGCAGUAUACUGAUUAUGUUAAGACUUAUGCUUUUGUUCUUAUUUUCACUAAAGUGUUGGAAAUCGAGGAUAAUUUAUUGUAGGUGUAGACGUUUGGUGAUCAAAGGGGAAAGUUUAGUUUUAGGAGUCUCUGAUAAGUUUCCCUGGAAUUGUGUUAGAAUCUCUCUUUUUAAGGUAAGCUCUUCUUCAUGCUUUUUGAGAUCAAUUCAAUUAUCUUCACAUUUAUGUAAUACAAUAUUACAUGUAUACAUAGAUGAUAUUUGCAUAUAGAGGCAGUAUAUUGUGAUCCUUCAUUUUUAAGCCGCAAUCCUUGUUGGAAAACCUUCAAGACAUUUGUGUUUUUCGUUGCCCGUUUUUUUUGACAUGGGCUCUAAUGAUGAUUGCACACAGAAUUUAGAGCCAUCGUCGGCCCGGCCUAUCCUGUUCCCUUUCUAUGUCUGGGAUAGACAUCACUGUGGUAAAGGAAAAUAUAUAUAUACACACACACGCACAUGUACAUGCACACACAUUUAAACACGUGUACUCGCACACAUGCACACUGGGGACUUCCCAGUGAUAUAUCGUUGAGGGUUUCAGCGCGAGGAUGAGCGUCGUUUCAUCUUAUUGAGAAUCCAUUUUGGAGCUGAAAUGCAUUUGUGCAACCCCUUAUUGAAAGGUGAAACAUUUAUUCUGUCAUGUUUCAUUUCAUGUACAGUUUUUUUGCUUCAGCGGAAUUCAACUGUUCUUAUACUUUAGCGCACAUAUUAUACUAAACUGUGUUAUUUGACGGCUGACAAAAAACGAAAAAUGCUUAUGGAUUCUGAUUUAUUUUUGUGCAACUUUGUUCACUGCUUGUUUCUCUGAAUGAGAUGGAGGGGAAAAAAAAUAAUUUGUAAUCUUGUUGUGUACAUAUGAAGUUAUUUCCCUGCUUUUUUCUUACCGUACGGGACUGUUUCCAAUAAGUCUCCCUAAUCUCCUCCAUGGCCCUGAGAAAAAGAAAUCCAUCGCUCCUCUGUUUUUCUCCUCAACUGCGUUCAUGUCCACGGGGUUGAUUGAAAAGUGAAAAAUGUUUCCGUGCGGACAUUAACCUGCGUUAGGUUCGCAGAUUUUUCAUACACGCCACCACGUUUCAUUCUCCUCAUUUGCAAUAAACAGUAUGACCAAGCAGAAGAUGUGCUCACUGUACACUGCACGUGCCAAUGCAUCCGUCCCCAUAGUUUCUUUUUCCGGAUGGCGAGCUCGGGCCAGUUUACAGCCACUGAUUGGACAGUGGAGGUGCACCUCCCACACUGGCCGACGUGCUGCCAUCAGGCCUCUGCUCUGCAGCCAGCGUGCACUGGGCGGCCUUGAGGCGAGAGUGGUACCCAGCCUCCCCUCUCUGCACACGAGCAUGCCACCACGCAUUUGUUCAAACGGUUUAAAAAAAACGAGAAAAAAAAAGAAAUGGUUGUGGCAAGUUAGUGGGCUGGAACAUCCUGAAGGUGGAGGAUGUUAAAUAUCACCUCAGUUGACGUGUGCUUUUCUGUCAGGAGACCUGACACUUGGGACCAAAUCACAGCGUGACGCGGUCAGCUGAAACCGGUUCAACUGACUUGUUUGGGGGUCUUUUUGGUAUUUGACUCGUAUUCUUUUCACGACAACAUCUCUAACAUUCGCGGGGACACGAGUUGUGCUGUAAUUCUUAUCGACGAGUCACCCGUGUGAUCUCACUUCACGCGCACAGGAGCGACGAUGCUGUGAAUUCGAUUGAUUUAUCGUGAAGGGCAAUGAAAUUUAGCAGCUUUUAACUUUCCAGUUCGCCCCAAUACAUCACAGAACUUUGUUCACUAAUAUUGAAAAAAAACAAUUUCUGUGUAUGCGUAUUCAUUUGUAUUGAUAUUGCUUUAUAUUGAUGCCUACAGAAGUUUUAUUAAAUCGUGUACAGUUUUUUGUUUGUUUUUUUAAUAUUGCUGUGUGCUGACAUGACAUAAGGGGUUGCUCCUAAAUGUAUUUCACCAGAGGGAGUCGUUUAUGAAGACACAUUUACACUGAAACUACAAAGGCUGAUACAAAUUUACUGUGGGUUGACAAAAAUGUAACAUAUGAAUAGUAUGAAUUGUAUACAUAAUGAUAUACAUAAUAUUAUUCUUGGCCAUUCUUUUUCUCUUUUUGUGGCCCUUUUCUUUGAAAUAAUACCAAAAUUUUUACACCAUACAAACAGAAAAACCACACAAAAACAAAUAAUUGUACAGGUUGUGUAAAUACUGAGUAUUGGCGAAAACAUUUACCUUCUUUUUUAUGUAUGGAAACGAUCAACGUAAUCUCAAUAACAAAAUUAACCAGAUCAUGACAAAAUUGCAAAAAAAACAAACCCAACCCCAUCAUCAAGGUACUUCUAAUAAGGAUAAUGCCGACACCUGCAAUUAUAAGUGCUCAAAUAAGAUUAUUCUUUCUCUUUGUACAUGAUGAACAAGAUGAAGUGUUGAGUAUUAAUAAUAAAAAACUAUAAGUUUCAUGCA